AUGCCGCGACUCGCUGCAAUGCUCGCAAUACUGCUAAACAGCGCCACCGCCCUCACGCGCCCGCGCGUCAUCAUCGCGCCGGCCCAGUUCGGCACGCCCAAGGACUACGACAAGCUCGUGUCCGACCUGCUGCAGCGCGGCCACCCGGCGGUGGAGGUCGCGCCGCUGUCGCGCUUCGACUGGCUGAGGAUCGUGCCGUCCGUGUUCACGAAGGCGUUCUGGCUCGGCGAGCUCCGGCCCGCGCCGACGCUGCGCUUCUACUUCGAGGCGCUCGACGAGGCCUUCGCCGACGUCGGCGACGGCGAGGACGUCGCCCUCCUGGGCCACAGCAUCGGCGGCUGGGUGCUCCGGGCCUACGUCGCGGCCCGGCCCGGGAACGGCGCCAAGGUGCGGCGGCUCGUGACGCUGGGCACGCCGCACAACCCGCCGCCGUCGGGCUUCUUCUCGGCCAUCGACCAGACGCGCGGCCUGCUCUCCUACAUCAACGCCAACUGCCCGCCGGACCCCGCCGUCGUGACGUGCGUCGCGGGGGACGCGACGUGGACGCCGACGAUCUUCGACCUCUUCCAGCGGCGGCCCUGGGAGGAGGCGCAGCGCCGGUCGCCGCUGCUGGAGAGCCUCGUGUCCCUGCCGUCCUACGCCGUGCUGGCGGGCUCGGGCGACCCCUUCCAGAUCAAGGGCGACGGCCUCAUCCCCGUGCAGACGGCCCUGCUCGCCGGCUGCCCGUCGAUCGUCGUCGACGCGCACCACGCGGACUUCGUGCCGACGGCGCUCGAGUCCAUCAAGCUCCCCGAGACCUACCCCUGGUUCGGCAGCGACGGGGCCGACGACGACUUCGUCCCGACCCUGAGCGCGUCGAACGUGACGGCCUACCUCAUGAUGCCCAACGCGCACUGCAUCGACUGCGCCGAGGGCACGGGCUCGUGGUGCGCGGGCGCCACGGCGCUCUACGAGGCCGCCGUCGAGCCCGCGGAGACGAUCUGCGUGGGCCACACGCUCGAGGAGUGGAAGGCGGCCGUCGCGGCGGUGCUCGCGAAGCACGACGACCCGGCGGACGUGCUCUUCGUGCCGUUCUGGAUCCGCAGCGACUGGAUGCAGAGCUUGGCCGCGCCGCUGAAGAACGGGAGCACCGCGGUCCUCGUCGGCGGCGCCGCGAACGGCGUCAUGAUGUACCCGGAGCUCGACUACGGCCCCGCCCCCCCGGCCAACCACUCCUACGACGCGCGGCUCUUCAUGGUCGGCCCCAACAACUACGAGGGCUCCUACGCGCAGGCGCGCGAGUUCUGCCGCAUCACCGAGUCCGAGGACAAGCGGCACGUCGUGAUGACGACGGUGGCGCUCCACGAGCGGUCCAAGGCCUUCGCCGACGGCGUCGCGGCCUUCUGCGGCGACCGGGGCCACGUGCUCUACGCCUUCGACCACAGCGGCGACCCGAGCAUCGUCUUCGGGUCGCAGGACGACGUCUACGAGCUCUACGCGGCCCACUUCCUCGAGCGGCCGGAGAUCUCCGUCGUCCUCACGAACGACGCGACGCACGCCAAGGCCGCCACGCUCGCCGCCGCGGACUUCCGCGAGGGCGGCACCUUCGGCCUCCACCUGUCGACGAACUCGUUCUGGAACGACGACGAGCCGCUCGGCGACAACGUCUUCGCGAACAUGAACGUCAUCUACCAGAGCCCCGGCGAGGGCAUGCUCUUCGUCGUCGAGCGCCUCGUCCGGCUCGUCAAGGCCCGGUCCUCCAUUUUAGGCCGCCUCGAGAACCGCUUCAUCAAGUACAGCCCGAAGCUCGAGCUGCCGGACAUGGCGACGUCGAUCAUGGACGAGAUCCUGCCCGCGUACUCGGCGAGCGUCGCGCCGGCCUACCCGACCGUGGCUACCGUGCAGCUGAACAACAUCGCGGUGACGCAGGUGACGCCCACGGAGGCCUUCUUCUUCGAGAUCGUCGCGGACCUCUCGCUGAGCUGGGUCGACGCGCGCCUCUCGUACUCGCCGUCGCAGCUCAACGAGUCCAUGGUCUACCCCCCUGCCGACAUCUGGCACCCGUCGCUGAGCUUCGUGGGCGCCUACGACGUCGCGGAGCUCCGGUCGACGCCCUGCGAGGUGAGCUGCGACGGCACGGUGCGCUGGACGCGCACGUUCCGCGUCUCGAGCAUCUGCGACUCGGCGCUGGAGAUGUUCCCCUUCGACGACCACCAGUGCGAACUGCGCAUCCACGCGGACGUGCCCGUGUCGCAGCUCGAGCUCGACGUCGACGAGAUGCACGUCGAUUUCGAGGGCCACAACUACAAGCUCUCCACGUCCAUCGGGGCCCGGGGCGCCACGUCCUACGGCCGCGCGCUCCAGCCCUUCAUCUUCAAAUUCGACCACAAGCCCUUCGCGUACUACAUCAAGCUCGUCUUCCCCGUCGCGCUGCUCAACUUCGCGGGCUUCCUCGGCUUCUGGAUGGACAGCGCGUCGGACAGCGUCGCGCUGGGCAUCACGACGGUGCUGUGCACGCUCGCGCUCCGCGAGACCGUCGAGUUCCCCGACGCGUUCUACCUCACGUGGAUCGAGAUCUUCGUCAUGAUCAACAUCACGGUGCAGACGAUCUGCCUCGUGCUGGCGAUCUUCAAGUACCACAAGAAGACGGAGUACCUCAUCGGGAAGAACAUGUACAGCCACCCACUGGCGCGCAUGAAGAGCGUCAUCUCCGCGAGCCUCGGAAACGAGAGGAACGCCGCGGCGCGGGCCUCCCUGGUCGCGCGCGCGUCGAGGCGGGCCUCCCAGGCCGCGGCGAGCGGCCGGGACUCCGGCGACGACGACGAAAAAGACGAGGGCGGGGCCGUCCACGAGCUCGUCGCCGUCGACGUCGCCGACGAGGCGCCGCCGUCGCCGAGCCGGUCGUCCCGGGGGGGGUCGCCGCCGCUGCCGGACGAGGCCCCGGAGACGCUGUCCGCGCACGCGCCGUCCACGCGCAAGAUGCUCGGCUCUCUGACGCACUCUGCGUCGAUGCGCCUGUUGGGAACGCCCCCCGAGGACGACGGCGAGCUGGAGGUCUACCACGACUACCCCACGGACCUCGUCGGCCGCUACAUCGUCAUCCCUUCCUACAUCCUCAUCUUCUUCAUCUUCACUUACAACGAGGGAGAACUCCCGCCGCCGACCGAGCCGCAGACCGAGCCGACGCCGACCAAGCCGCCGACCGAGCCGCCGACCGAGCCGCCGACCGAGCCGCCGCCGCCGGACGACGCCACGGACGCCGCCGGCGACGACCCCGCGCCGACCUACGCCGUCGGCGCGAUCGUCGCGUCCAAGCUCCACCCGCACAUCCCCGUGACGGUCAUCUCCGUGCAGGACGGUUUCUACACCAUCCGCUACGGCGUCGAGGUCGCCUACGCCUGGCGCGGCACGACCGCGUCCUUCGCGGAGUCGGCGCUCGUGCGCUUCGGCGCGAGCCUCGGCCCGCGGCGCCACCGGGCGCCGCGGCCCUUCGACGAGGCCCCGGCGCCGCAGCCGCCGCCCGCGCCGCGGGUCUUCGACCGCGGCACGGUCGUCGAGGCGCGCUGGAAGGGCGGCGCCGACUGGUCCGACUGGUUCCCGGGCAAGAUCGCGGCGCGGCGCGACGAUGCGACCUACGACGUCGCGUACGACGACGGCGACGUGGAGUACGGCGUCGCGGCCAACCUCAUCCGGCGGCCGCCGACGACGCGCGAGAGCGUCGCGCUGGGCCAGGAGUUCCAGGUCCACUUCCGCGGCAGCGGCGAGCACCGCGGCGUCAUCACGGGCCUCAAGGACAAGGCGAUCGAGGUCACGUGGCGGCCGGUGCUCAUGAAGCCCGGCGAGGUCGACGCGCCGGAGGUCGAGGAGUGCGACCUCGCGGAGAUCGAGGCCUACAAGGAGCGCGACCGCUACCACGCGCGGCGCCGCCAGGACGUCGCCGAGGUGCGGCGGCGGACGCCGAAGCGGACGGCCGAGGAGGAGGCGCCGCGGGACGCGAAGCGCGGCACGCGCGCGAAGCGCAAGCGACGCCAAUCGCGCGACGCGCACGCGGACGCGCGGCGGUCGCCGAAGUCGUCGUUCCUGGAGCUCUUCUCCGGGAAGCAGGUCCUUUCCGACGCCCUCUUGGGCGGGGCCUGGGACGUCGAGACGCUCGACGACGGCUCGUGGUCCGGAGCGCGGCCGGCGACCUACGCGUGCGACGUCCGCGACUUCGAGGUCGCCGCCGUCGGCUACCGCGACGCCGUCCACGCGUCGAUCCCGUGCAAGACGUUUUCGUAUUUGGCCGCCGGGAAACACCGACCGGGCAAGGGCGCCGCGCGGAAGAUCGAAGGGGCGACGGACGAGGCGCGCCGCGCGAACAGCGUCGUCGCGCGCACGAUCGACCUCCUGCACGAGGCGAAGCGCGUCAACCCCGACGUGGUCAUGACCAUCGAGAACCCCGUGGGCGUGUUGAAGGACUACAAGCCCUGGACGGACGCCGCGCUCGAGCUGGGCCUGACGCGCGUCCAGGUGUCGUGGGAACUCCGCGUCUCGCGAAUCGUUCGCGCGCCGACUUGCCGGUCGCGCGCCGACUCGCCGGUGUUUAGGUACUGCCAGUUCGGCGCCGACGAGCGGAAGCACACGCACAUCUGGACGAACUCGCAGUUCCUCAUCUCCGGCGCGAAGGACAUGGUCUGCUCGGCGGCCACGCCGUGCGCCAAGUACCGCGACCACGUCCGCGUCCGGGACGGGGACACCGCGGAGACCUCCGAGUUCCCGCCCAAAUUCGCCGCCUGGCUCGCGCUCGGCAUCAAUUCCUCCGCCUCCAAGGCGCGCGGGCGCCAGAGGAGCGAAUGCGCCUAA